GGGGAAGUGUUGAAUCUACAUAGGCUAAAAUAGUAAAGCAAGCAGUUAUAUUAUACCGUAGUCAUUCUUUCGGUUCCCGAAACGCGAUUACCCAGUAUUUGUUUUUAAGUUUGUCACAAUUGGUUUCUGACAAUGUCUGCACAGUUUAACAGAGGACCAGCUUAUGGAUUCUCAGCGGAAGUUAAAAACAAGAUUGCACAGAAGUAUGACAUCCAGAAAGAAGAAGAAUUACGCAUUUGGAUUGAGAAUGUUACUGGACGGUCAAUUGGAGAUGACUUCCAAAAGGGAUUAAAAAAUGGUGUUAUACUCUGCGAGCUCAUAAACAAACUGAAGCCAGGGUCUGUGAAAAAGAUCAACCAAUCAUCCAUGAAUUGGCAUCAGCUGGAGAACCUGACCAACUUCACUAAAGCAAUCACCAGCUAUGGUCUCAAACCUCAUGAUAUUUUUGAGGCUAAUGAUCUUUUUGAGAAUGGAAAUAUGACACAGGUUCAGACCACACUUCUGGCACUGGCUGGCAUGGCUAAAACCAAAGGCAAUCACUCAAGUGUAGACAUUGGAGUAAAGUAUGCAGAGAAACAGGAGAGAGCAUUUGAUGAGGAGAAAAUGAAAGCGGGACACUGUGUCAUUGGACUUCAGAUGGGAACCAAUAAAUGUGCGAGUCAGGCUGGAAUGAAUGCUUAUGGUACCAGAAGGCACCUCUACGAUCCCAAAUCACACAUACUCCCCCCAAUGGACAAUUCAACCAUCAGUCUUCAAAUGGGAACAAACAAGGGUGCGAGCCAGGCUGGCAUGACAGCUCCAGGGACCCGUCGUGCCAUCUAUGACCACAAAACUGGCACUGACAAGUGUGAUAACUCCACCAUGUCUUUACAAAUGGGAUACAAUCAAGGGGCCAACCAGAGCGGGCAGAAUUUUGGGCUUGGCCGCCAAAUCUACGAUGCCAAAUACUGCCCUCAGGGUGUGCCCGACGCUACUGAAGGAGGUUCUGACGCUCCUGGCUACAUUGAUUACCAGGACGAAGGCUACCAGGGUUAUCAGGAUGAUGGCCAAGAUUAUUGAAACGACUAAUCACAGGUUGUGAGAAAUGAGAGUCUGAAGGGAAGUAAUCACUUCCUUGUUGACAAAAGAGCAAGAACAUACGAUUACACCACGACUUACCAUCUGUUGGCUGUAGAUGCUGUAAGAAAGGGACCAAUACAGAACAUAUCACGUAUGUUUAAAGUAUAAUGAUGUACAGUGUGUUUUGACAAUUUGGAGCAAGACCUUAAAAACAUUAGUUAAGUGUUAUAUCGAUCGUUUUUGUAUUAUAUAUGAUUCAUUUGACAGUCAUUUAAUUGCACAACCACUAAAAUAAUAUUUAGUAUUAGCUUAUUUGUUAGUUUAGUGUAGAUUUUCUCUUUUUUUCAAAGGCACAAACAUGAAAGAGGGUUAUGACAUGGUUACAUUGAAAACAUUUUUUUUAAUCAAUCUGUUUAUGAAAAUUUCAAUAUUUAGUAGACAAGAAAGAGUCUCACGUGAGCCUAAUUCAUGCAUUGAUGAUAUAAUAUGCUCAGGGGUUUGAAAUCGUGCUCUUUUGCUUACUGAAGCUUAUGAUACGGUGAGCUUAUGCUGUUACAAUUAAUAGGUUUAACGUUUUUAGACUAGCAAGCGUUUAGAUGAGGUGCGUGUUUAUUUGAGUUAUGUGGUCCAACUUCUUUCCCUUUUAUAUUUUUAAAAUGUGUGUUCAGACAUGUGAGAACACAUUGCUGGGACGUGCAGAAGGGAAGGUUUUAUCACUCAUUUCAGCUUUAUCAGUCGUUUCUGCUUUUGACAUUCUUAAUAUUUAAUACUUCCUCUCUUGAUGAGAAGUUAUGAAUGUGGAUUAUGUUAUGUAACACACAUAUUGUCUUUUAAAGAAAUAUAAAUUUGUACAAUGUGUGUUAAAGACGUCAUCUUUGUAUUAUUGUUUUUGUAUGAACUUUUUAUCCUCACUUUGAUUUGUCACCAUAUGAACAUUGUGAAAUAUUUCCCUGUUUAUAGAGCCAGAGCAACUGGAGCAAACCAUGUUUUUUAUUAUAGUAUUGUGAUAAGAAAAUUGAAGUAUAACAUUGUGAUCUGAAACAUUCCAGCUUAGGAACUGGAUUUUUUACUUUUCAAAGAUUUUGAUGGUUGGAUGUAGUAAAGACUGGGUUCCUAAUAAAGGGUGAUGAACAA